UUUGGGAUAUAAUCAAAAUAGGCCACCUUUGGAAGCAUUUUGUCAAAAUUCACACAGCAAAAUUCAGAAAUUCUUAAGCCGAAAUGCCAAUCGCAACAGCUUUCAUGAUUUAUUUAGAAAAUUUUAAUCGUCUUAUUUAAUUUAUUAAAAGCCAGCGAACUUGCAGAAUUAAUUCUGUGUAAAUUUCUUCUUUAAUUGUGUACAACCGCCUUUUAAAAUUCUCUGGAUAUCAUUUAUUCAGUGGGGCUGAAAUUAUGUUUUCGAAAUUAGCUUAAUUGUAUUGGAGUCAAAAUUAACUCAAAUAUUGUAAAUGCAAUUGUUUUAAUAUUUUAAACGAAAUAGGGCCGAUUUGUAAAUUUGUUUAUUAUUAGCAAAUGUUUAUUAAAUAGAAUUGUUCAAAUAUAUAGUGAUCAUGCAAAUUCGUGAAGGAUGUUUGGCGGAUUGUACGGAAGAAUCUGCUUUAAGCGACGACGAUAAAAAAGAGAACAGAAAAAUCUUUUGUGGUAAUUUAAGCGAAAAAGUUACAGAGGUCAUACUUUUCGAAUUGUUUCUGCAUGCCGGACCGAUUGAGAGUGUGGAAAUACCUAGGACCAAGGACGGCCGUGCUCGAAACUAUGCUUUUAUUACAUAUGUCCACGUAAACUCUGUGCCUUAUGCCUUUAAACUUUUUGCCGAGAUUCAGUUGUAUAAUCGGAAACUUGUAUUAAGGAAUCGCAAAAUAGCCAGGGGAAGCACUCACUUGAAAGAACCUAAAGUGGGUAAAUCUAUUAUCAAAAAAAUUCCCCAUGUUAGUGUUGAAUGUCAAGAGUCUAAAGGAAUGCAAAAGAACUCAAACCAUAGGCACAAAAGGCAGAAUAGCCAAAUUAAGCGAGCGGACAAAGAUGACUCGCCUAAUCAAAAGAUGGAAACUACUAUACCUGUUCUACCCAGAAUUCCACUUCGUGUGAAUAAUGAAUGUCAGGUUUAUAGGAAGAUCUUAGAUAAUACCGGAGAUACUCACUGCAUGAACCAACUGCCGCAUUGCAGCAUGAUGGGUCAGUCUUUUAGGGGGCCAGAGGUGAAUCCAAUUUUGAACUACUUUCCGCCCGGUACGAUAAAUUUAACAACGCAGCUGUUGUCCAACUAUAUCUAUAUUAUGCAAAAAGUUAUCCCCCAUUGGCCACGGAUGCAGUAACAAGAUGUAUUAUAAUUAUAACUAAUAAUAUUAAUUCUCCACCGGUCAAAAUGUGUCGCUUUUGGUUUGAUUUUCGGGCGAAGUGGAUGUCUUAAAAGCUGCGAUUGUGUAUAUUUCAGGGACGAAUUACCAUUUGUUUAUCAUAAAUUUUAUAGUUUGCGAAAAAUUCCAAUAAAGUUUUUAUUUGCAAAUUA